AUGGAAAAGUAGGUUCGGAAAAUGAAUUUAUGAAACAAAGAAAAACGUUUUGGUGUCACUUUUUGAUUACACUCCUUCCUUUUUCCAGUACGCAACAAAUGCCAUCAAUUGUGAAAACAUCUACAGUGAUGACGCGUGUACUAUGAUAUACGGUAGUAGUGUUACAGUAGGCACUACUGUAGAAAGACCUCUUUUAUGUUUUAUGGUAAGUACAAUAUUGUUUUUGUUCUCUCAAAGUUUUUAUAGCUGAACGGAGAAAGGAAUGAGGAGAUGAAACGGAUUUCUAUCAGUACCUGCCCAAAAACGUGCGGAUAUUGUUGUCAAACUGAAGCAUUUGACUGCAAUAACACUCCAUGUAACUCAUUCUUCCUCGAUUUUGUGGUUUCAUCGCAAAGCUAUUCAGAUCCACGUAUAAACUGCGCAUUGGUAACCAGUCGAAUGUGCAAGGAUCCGCAGUGGCGAGAAGUUCUCGUGGAGGAUUGUCCCAAUGUCUGCGGAUUUUGUUUGGAAGGUACGAAUCCAUUUUCCGUGAUUGUAGUUGUUAGUGCCCGGCAAACCGCCGAGAAAACCUGUUUGUUUGCAGGAGGAUGUUUCGACAAGGCCGUCGAUUGCACAACUGAUAUCUCCAUUUGUAUGAACAUUGGAAUGCAGGAUUUUGUCAAGGUAUUUUUUGAGAUAUCUUGAGCACAACACAGUGAUAAUUGAAGUUUUUGAGUAAAAUUUCGUGUUUCACUCAAAAAGCAGUAGAUAUAAAUCACUAAAACCUUUUUUUUCAAACUCAAUUUUUGGCAAAAGUUUGGGUGCAUUUCACACCAGAAAUAAAUAAUCAUUUCACAUUCUCGGCCUCUUUUCCGGUAAGGAUUGAAAGUUGACCCCCUUUUUUGAUUCAAUUACUCUUCCAUUCUUCUCUCCUAAAAGUAGAAAGUAGAAGCAAUAAAAUAUCGCGACGAGUACAAAUGCACUUAGGAAGUAUGUUCUCAUUUCCGGAACACUGACCACCACCAUCUUAUUUGUCUGCGCCGCCUCUCCGGCCCGAAACAAAAACGUUAUGGGUAAACAAACACACUUGGAGAGGCGAGCUCGUCGGUUUUUUGUUUGUUUGCAUGAAUGAAUUGAAUAAAGUUAUGGAAUGGGGGGAAAACAAAGUUGAUAUACAUAUAAUUAAAAUAUUGAUGAAGAGGUAAUUUGAGUGAGUUAUGAUGUCAGUUUUUAUAAAACAAGUUAUUCAGGAGUAUUGUCGGAAAACUUGUGGAUACUGUCGCCCAACCGCCACCACCACGCCUGACCCUGAGUUCCGCGGUACCAGUCCGGAUUGCGUGGAUUAUAACACAAAGUAUGUUGAUGACCUUUCCGUUCAAUCCGCUAUUAUCCGUCGCCGUUUUUCAGUUGUGCCAGUUGGUCCUAUCGCGGAUACUGCUACAGUCCGUUCUACAGUUAUGAGACCAAAUUCCGUAAUUGUGCAGCUACGUGUGGACUUUGCUGA